CAGCACGCAUCCAUUUCCCGUUUCCCGAGCGCGCUCUCGCACACUGAAGGAAAAUAAAUAAAGGCGGAGACAGGGAGAGGAGGCGGAGUCUACGCCAAGUCCCGGCUCCCGUCUGGGGAUGGCGAGCUCUGGCCGGCGAUGGACAUACCGCUGCUAGCCCUCGCCGCGCUCCUCCUCCUCCUCCUGCUCCCGCUCCUCGCCGCCGCGCUCCCGGCUCUUCUCGUUGCUCUCCGUCUACGCCGCCGCCGCCGCCGCAAGCCCCGGCUCACGCCCCCCGAGCCCCGCGCGCCGACCGAAGAGGAGCCCUCCGACGAGGGCGGGGAGGAGAAGAGGCGGCCGCGGAGGGCGAAGAGAAAGCAGCAGCAACAUCAGCGGAAGGGUGGGGACGGGGCGGCGGCGGAGGGCGGCGGGGGCGAGGCUCUGCCCCCGCGGCGGCCGCGGUUCCCGCUCGCCUCGGUGGCCGGCGCGCUGCAGCGGCGGAUCAACGCGCGGUACGACGACCUCGCGCGGGCCAGCCAGCGAGGGCAGUCCCUCACCAUUCGCCAGGUUCGCGAUUUUCUCAACUGUCUUGUAGAUGCAAGGAAUGAACUGCUGCAAAAGUCUGAGACCACCCAAAGAAGCAUCACACUAAAGAAGGCCAUGUUAUCCCACACUCGUAGGUCUUCAUAUGAUUUACAUCGCCUAUCUGAACAGGUAGAUAAACUGGAAGCCAACCAUGAAAAACUGAAGAAAGACGCCAAUGUUUACGAUUUUCUUCAAGCACGGCUUCAGCUAUCAGAACCAUACAAACUGAUGGUUGAGCUCAACGAUGUGAUGGAGAAGGAAGCCCAGGAACAAGCCCUCGCCAACGAAGUUCCUGAGAUGUCAUUCGAUGAGCUGCUGGCCCAGGAGAAGGAGGACACCGCCUUCUGGUGGCGUGACGGGAAGCUGAGGUCAAUCUCAGACAGCAAGUAGGGAGAGACAACCGACAAGGCGAUCACACCAGCACUAGCAUCAGCAGUACCGUCAUCGUGAGUCUAAACUUGGGAACUAAAAGCUGAAUUUGUUCGCUGGAGAAUCUGUGUGUGGUGUGAUCAUACUUGUCGUUAACUUGUUUCAUCAUGGGUUCAAUCUUCAAUGAAAUAAAGUAUAAACUGGCAGACUCAACAGUGUAGCUGUAGUUGGGUGCUCUCGUGAGUAUUUCCUGCAAGGCGCUGUGUGAUCCUCUGUCUGGAGCCUGCUGCUGAAUGAACUGAUCGCUGGCACUAUUCACUGCUGUUUUUCCAGCUAUAACUCCGGCCCUUGUUACCCCUGCUUUCAGUA